AUGUCAUCCAAGGACGGCUACUCAUGGACAGAGUCCCAAGGUCUCAAGUCUGGUGUUCCAUGCAUCGGCGCCAUCAGUCCUCCUACAAAUCUCAAAGACAACAAUACAAAAUACGAUGUAAUUGUUGUUGGAGCAGGAUACUGUGGUCUAACUGCAGCCCGAGAUGCAGCUAUUGCAGGCCUCAAGGUGUUGCUCAUCGAAGCCCGUGAUCGCAUCGGUGGUCGUUCCUGGUCUUCAAACAUAGAAGGCUACCCAUACGAAAUGGGCGGAACGUGGGUGUUCUGGGGCCAAGCUCACGUCUGGCGAGAGAUCCAAAGAUACAACAUGCAGAAUGAACUUGAACUAUCAUAUGAUUUCUCUCGAGGAAUCAACAAAUACCUUCUCGUCACACCUGAAGGAACCCAAAAAUUUACUCACGAGGAGGAGGACGAAUUGAUGCAGAGCGGCCUUCAAAAGCUCGUCAACGUAGACGGUCAAGACGGACGCGAAGCCAUCGUCUUUCCUCACAUAAGCAAACUCGACGCCGUGGCAGAAAAGUACGAUCGCAUGUCCAUCGCAGACCGCAUCGCCGAGAUAAAGAACGACCUUACAUACAACGAGCGCAUCUGCGUAGAAGCAUUUGUUCUCCUCUGCAGCGGUGGAACUCUUGAGACAACGAGUUUCUACGAAUUCUUGCACUGGUGGGCUAUGAGCGGAUACUCUUACCAAGGAUGCAUAGAGUAUCUCGUCAAGUACAAGUUCAAGGGUGGGCAAUCCAGCUUUGCCAUCAACUUUUUUAAAGAAGCCCUUGCAACUGGAAACUUGACCUACUCUUUCAACACACCCGUCGCUUCUAUUAAGAACAGUCCCGCUGGUGUUGAAGUUACUUCUCGAAGCGGACAAACCUUCCGAGCACGAAAAAUGAUCAGUGCGAUUCCUCUCAACGUUCUCAACGACGUCAAAUUUGAUCCGCCUCUGGCAACGGGAAAGAAAACUGCUGCUGAUAUCGGACACGUCAACCAGUGUAUCAAAGUCCAUGCCGAAGUCUCAGAUAAGGACCUACGGUCUAUGACGAGCAUCAGCUAUCCUCACAAUAAACUAGCAUAUGGUUUCGGUGAUGGUACUACACCAGCAGGAAACACACACAUUGUGGCUUUUGGAGGACAGAACAACCACUUCCACCCAGAGGAGAACAUUCAAACCACGUUGGAUGCUUUCCAAGGUUUUACUCCGAUGAAGAUUGAACGUUUGGUCUUCCAUAACUGGUCCAAAGACGAAUUCGCCAAGGGCGCGUGGUUCUUCUCACGACCUGGCCUUUUGGCAGAUCAUCUAGGUGACAUGAGAGCCAGUCAAGGAAACAUUAUCUUUGCAUGCUCAGACUGGGCUCUCGGAUGGCGUAGUUUCAUUGACGGUGCCAUUGAGGAGGGAACGCGAGCAGCCAUGGUUCUUCGAUCUACUCUAUCUGAGAGAAGCCAUCUGUGA